AUGGUUGCAAAUGAUCAAAAGGGUGGGACCUUUUGGAAACACAUUGCAGCUUACUUUGCUGAAAGUCCUCAGCUUGUUGGUAUGCAAAAGAGAGAGGUUGGUCACUAUAAGCAAAGGUGGGGGAAGAUGAACGACCAAGUGUGCAAGUUUGUUGGCUGCUUACAGGCUGCAACCAAGCAAAAGUCAAGUGGCCAAAAUGAAAAUGAUGUCAUGAAGCUUGCUAACCAAAUCUACCAUUAUGAUCACAAGGUCAAGUUCACACUUGAGCAUUGUUGGAGGGAGCUGCGCCAUGAUCAAAAAUGGUGUGCAUCUUAUACGACAGUGGGCUUGUCAAAAAGAAGAAAGGUUGACGAUGGGUUUCAAGCUUCAGGACAAUCAACAAACACCAAUACAAUUAGCCAUGGUGAUGAAGCAAUGGCUCGUCCUCUUGGUGUUAAUGCCUCAAAGGCCAAAGGUAAAAGGACUAGCAAAGCCAUGGAAGGAGAGAACAAGAGUUUGAUAGUGUUGAAUGAGGUGUGGGAGAUAAAGCAGAAGGACCAUGAAUUGAGUAAGAAGGAUUAUGCAUUUUGGAUUCUUCUUGCAAAAACAGAGCCACUUAGUGAUAUAGAAUUGGCUUUGAAGAACAAGUUAAUCACUGACAUGUUGUCAAAUGCUUAA